AUGGACACUUACUUUGAAAUGAAGGAAACGGAGCCAGAUUUAUCGCCUCCCUUUGAUAUGAUGUAUUUGUUGUUUCAAUUAUGCCAGGAUGUGAUCUUUGUGGCGCUGUUUAUCUACUGCCUGGUGAAGAGGAAUCAACUAUGGAGAAUAAUCAACGAAGCUCAAUUGUGCUAUCAGCAGCUGACAAGUUUACUCAAAAAACGCUUCGUUCUAAAAUGUUCCAAGUUGAUGAUGCUGAUGGCAAUUGCUCAGCUGUUUCUGUUGGUUCUAAUGUGUUUGCAGAUCACUUGGUUGGAUUGGCCUCGUCUCGAUGAAUUCUACAUUAUCGAUUACAUCUUGGGUGCAGUUCGUUUGCUGUUUGUCUGUGUGUUGACACUACAAUUCUUUUAUCAUUUGUUGAACGCUGCAUUGCUGCAUUCGUUGAAUCGGCUGCUGCAACAACAACGGAAUCUCAAGCUGUUGCAUCGAGUGUUGAACGUGCAACCCACUCUGAAGCGGAUGCAACAUUUUGCUGCCUGUUAUUUUGGUAUUUUGUUCUUCAGCUUCUUCGUCUUUUUGUAUCUCAGAUGUGGCAUGUUCAUCGCCAUCUUCAGCUACGACGAGCAGCGUUUCACGGUGGACGAAGACAAUCCUGCAGCGGAAAUGUCGAUGCCGCCAACUCGCGAUGAAUUGCUGCGAGUCGAUGCGCUUUACUUGGCCUGGCAAAUGGCGUUGAUGUGGUUGCUGCUCGGUGCUGCUCUUUUGCAGCAACGCGAGCAAAAGCAGCUGACGGAAAAUAUUUGGAAAAUGGACUUUCCAAGUGCGGCAGAGGCGAGUGGAUUAAGCAAAGGUGGAUUAAUUUCAAAGGACAUACAAAGCUUUCUACUCACCACCAGACUAUCCAUUGUAGACUUUCGUCCCAGUUCAAUGAACUUUUUGUCCUGGAAGUUAACCUCCACACUGUCAAGGAUGCCUCUCGUUGGCAUUGUGAGCGCCUUCAAGCUGCUGCUGCAGGUGAUGCUCUUCAGCACCUUGGUGUACUUCGCUUGA